AUGUCUGAAUGCCACCCCACCGCCACCCCAGUUGACACUCGGGCCAAGCUCUCCGCCUCCGACGGCACUCCCGUCAAGGAUCCGACCGAGUACAGGAGCCUUGCAGGAGCUCUACAGUACCUCACUCUCACUCGGCCGGAGCUCGCCUAUGCUGUCCAGCAAGUCUGCCUCUUCAUGCAUGAUCCACGGGAGCCCCACCUUGCCUUGGUCAAGCGCAUUCUGCGCUACGUCAAAGGCUCUCUCUCCGCCGGACUCCACAUCGGCACCGGGCCUGUCAAGUCUCUGACGGCUUACUCUGAUGCUGACUGGGCCGGCUGUCCUGACUCCCGACGCUCCACCUCCGGCUACUGCUCUUCCUCGGCGACAAUCUGA